CGAAAGCUUGGUAUACACAAAGGAGUUGUCCUAGGCGUCUUUGCAGGAUUGAAUGUCUUCCUCAUGUUUGCUGCAAUGGCCGUGUCAUUUUGGUAUGGAACAACUCUUGUCGUCAAGGGCGAGAUAAGUCCAGGAACUGUUUUUGCGGUAUUCUGGUCUGUGCUGGUUGGUACUCGACGAUUAGGUGAUGCCAUCCCACAGAUGGGAGCUAUUCUUGGUGCUAGACUUGCAGCUGCUGACAUAUUUGCUGUCAUAGACAGAGUACCAGAUAUCGAUAGCUCGAGGAUGGAAGGAUUUACUCCAGAAGAAAUCACAGGGAGACUUAGCUUCACCAACGUCCACUUCACUUAUCCCUCCAGGCCUACAGUGAAAAUUCUCAAUGAUGUUAGCUACGAGGUAAAUCCGGGAGAAACUGUAGCGCUAGUAGGACAUUCUGGUUGUGGAAAAUCAACAAUGGUCGGACUGCUGCUUCGAUUUUAUGAACAAAGCGCUGGCAUAGUUGCUCUUGAUGGAAUCCCACUUCGCGACUACAACAUUGCUUGGCUACGAAACAUCAUAGGAGUGGUCCAGCAGGAGCCAAUUAUCUUUUCUGCAACAGUAGCGGAAAAUGUCAGAAUGGGAGAUGAUACGUUUUCAGAUGAGGAUGUCGAAGAAGCCUGUAGGAUGGCUAAUGCACUCGAAUUCAUCAAAAAGCUUAGCGAUGUCAGUUUUUUUUUUGAUUGA